CCACAUAAUAUCGUGCGUGCGUCCGCCGCAGAGACUAGAGAGAGAGAGAGAGAGAGAGAGAGAGAGAGAGAGAGUUUAUGUUUCCAAAAAGACAAGGAAAGCUCAGAUUUCAGAUUUAUGCCUAGAGAUAGAUACAGAUGAGCGACUGCAGAUGUCUGCCGCGUGAGCUUCACAUUGUUAAUUGUGGAUACUGAGUUGAAGAGAGAGUUUCCUUGUGUUUAAUCUUAAUAGUAACAUUAGUGAUUUCAAUUUCAUCGAUUUCGAUCAAAAGAAGGUUUCAUUUCAUGGAUUCCACCAAUUCCACCGUAGGGGAAUCCGUCGACAAGGUUGAGGAUGAGGUCGCUAGAGUGGUUGAGCAGGCCAAAGACCUUCAGGAUUCUGCGUCUUCUUUAAUCUCAAGGUCUUCCAACGAUGAGCAGUCCCUCCGCCAACGUGCUCUUUCCCUCGAGUCUUCUAUCCGUCGCUGCCGCUCCCUCCUCGAUUCCGCCCUUUCCCAUAAGCUUCUCGAUCCCAAGCUAGCUGAUAAGCUGGAAGAAGAUUUACAUAGAGCCAGAUGUAUCAUGCUUGAUGGAGAUGCCGCUGCUUUUCUUCCAGCCAAAGCUCAGGGCCGUUUUCUCAGAAUGUUUCUGGGACCAAUAAAUGUCCGAGCCUCUCGGAAAGAUAUUCAAUUGAAGGUUAAGGAGGAGUACAACGGUUACAGGGAUCGAACGGCCCUUCUUUUUCUUCUUUUCCCAUCAGUUUUACUGAUCCUACGAUCUUGGGUCUGGAAUGGAUGCUUGCCGGCAUUUCCUGUUCAGCUCUACCAGGUACUCUUAUUUUAUUUUAUAUAUUUUUUCGAGGAUUGUGUGGAUUUGCAAUUCCCAUGCAAGACUCAUCCUUCUCAUAUUCAGGCAUGGUUAUUGUUCCUCUACACUGGCUUGGCUUUGAGAGAGAACAUCUUAAGAGCCAAUGGAAGCGAUAUUCGUCCAUGGUGGAUAUACCAUCAUUACUGUGCUAUGAUUAUGGCCCUUGUUAGUCUCACAUGGGAAAUUAAAGGACAACCAAAUUGUGUCCAGAAGCAGAGAGGGGUGCAACUUUUCUUGCAAUGGGCAAUGAUGCAAGGUGUUUCCAUGCUUCUACAGAACAGAUAUCAACGCCAAAGACUUUAUACUCGUAUUGCCUUGGGGAAGGCUAAGAGAAUGGAUGUUGUUUGGGGUGAAACAGCUGGAGUGGAUGGCCAAUUGUGGCUUUUAUGCCCUAUACUCUUCAUUCUACAGGGUUUUGAGGCAUAUGUUGGACUACAAUUGCUCAAGACUGCAUUUGUAAGGGUCGUCUCUGAGUGGCAGGUAAUAUUCUGUGGGAUCCUUUUGGUGUUUAUGGCAGCUGGAAAUUUCCUGAACACAGUUCAGACACUCAUGGCAAAAUCAAAGUUUAAGGCGAAAAUGAAAAGAAGUAAGAGCAAGCAGGAAUUGGAUUGAUGCAAUUCCAGUCUUUUAUGAUUACUCUUCCUGUACCUAUAGUGAGCACAAUUUUGGAAUUUUUGGCUGGUCUUGAUCAUGCUUUGCAUUAGUUCACUUGGUAAGAAGUAGAGUUGGAUGCAAAAUUGAUACAAAGGAAUGGAAGUUGUUUGUGCUUUAA